AUUCUAGGAGUGUAAAAUAAUUAAAAAAAUAGAAAAUAUCAGAAUAUUUUUCCAAUUUUUGGUUGAGUGAAUAAGUUUUUAUCGGAAAAUUUUAAUUAGUUGGGAUAUUAAUUACGGAUGAAAUUUUCAGGUGAAAACAAAAGAAAUAAGGACACAUCCGAUCGGGCGGCCAGGCCGUCCCCAUUUCUAUCUGUUAUCCCUAUGUCCAAGCACUCCCUUUCUUCUCGCAACUCUUAUCCCGACGGAAAACCCGUUUAAACCUCGUUACCAAACAACCCCUCCAAGAAUGGCCAAGCCUCCGUCGUGCUGUACCUGUACAAACCUCGCGUCCUGCAUCGUCGCGACGGUCUUCAUAAUCGCCGUCAUCGUUGCAGCCGUUACCGUUUACCUCAUCGUCUUCAGACCCAGGGACCCAGAGAUCUCCGUCACCGGCGUCAAGCUUCCGUUAUUCUCCGUCACCAACAACUCCGUCAGCUUCACCUUCUCCGAGUUCGCCUCCGUCAGAAACCCUAACCGUGCCGUCUUCUCCCACUACAACAGUAAAAUCCAGCUCUUCUACUUCGGGAAACGGGUCGGGUUCAUGUUCAUACCCGCGGGCGAGAUCCGAUCGGGCCGGACGAAGCACAUGUCGGCGAGUUUCUCCGUCGAUUCAUUAUCUCUUGCGAUGGUGGCCUCCGCUGAAGCUGCUAGAUUUCAGGGCUCCGGACCAGUUAUCGAUGCGGGUAAUAGAGUCGGACCCGCGAUGGAGAUAGAGACGGAUCUGGAGAUAACGGGUCGGGUUAGGGUUCUGCGUUUCAUGACGCACAGAGUCGCUGCAAAAUCGAAGUGCAGAAUCACCAUUGCCACGGCUGAUGGAUCCAUCGCGGCGGUCCGUUGUUGAUAUCUCCGACAGUUCUGCUUUGCUGCUGUUCUUCAUUUUCUUUUUCUUGGGGGUAAAGCGUCUGUACCCAGAAUCCGUUGUAGUUUACAUACAAAUACGGAAGGAAAGGAAACAGGUUUUAGAUAGAAGGGUGAUUUGCACUUGUAGACUCUGGAAACGAAGCUUGUGAUCCUCAUCAUCUCUAUAAUACCGCAUCUGAAUCCCGUGAGCUUCUUCCUUGAAGUGCCUUGACGGUAUCGGAUGAAAAGGCUUUUCCGCCAUGGCGAUGUUCUUUCAUCCAUCCUGUGGCGAAUGCAGAAAUGGCGAGCCCAGCUCCUGUGAUCAUGCUGCCUGCGAUUUGGAAGAGUUUAACCAGAAACCCAAUACCUGCGCUGCUUUCUGAUUAGCCUCUUGUCCAAGAUUCUCUCGGUUCGGAGGAGAGACGGAAAAGGCAAGUGCCAUGGCAGGGCAGACGCUGGAACCACCAGCCGGAUAAAAUGUGGAUAUGUCUUCGUAGCUCGCAGCUUCAGAGUUCAGAUAGCGUCGAUAGAUAGAUAAUGUGCUCAUAUACGUCUGACGAGUUUUUUCAGUUCCUCUUUGGAGAAAAUUUUGGGUUUUUAGAAUAAAAUAAAAUGUAUAAAAAAAAAUAAAAAAGGAGAGUAUGGAGGUGCGGGGAAUCGAACCCCGUGCCUCUCGCAUGCGAAGCGAGCGCUCUACCAUAUGAGC